AUUUUUAUCUCUUCAUAGACAACAAACAACAAACUGUUGCAGAGCCUCAUAAACCCGGUUCCUCAGAAGAAGAUGGCAGGACUUGAAGGGACCAUUGGGAGCUUGGCAACUGCAGGCCUCUCAGCAGAAGGCCUGCAUAGGUUCCACAAUAGCCAGCCUCCACAGUACAGUGGGACCUACUUCACCUGUGAGCCCAGACUGCCAGAUGGAGCCAAUCUUCCACCUUUUUGGGGUCCCCCAAAUAGAGCUUUGCUCAACGGCAGGAAUGCUAUGAUUCAUUCUCCUGGUGAAAAAGGUCCCCUUCAAAACCAAGUUGUGUACACAGCAGACAACCUGCAGUUCCCUACAGAGGGUAACCAUGCAUCUCCUGCACAGGACCUCCCAGCAAAGCAGGGCUUUUCAUACUACACCAAGAGUCCAGAAAGGAGAAGCGUCAUGGCUCCAGAGGGUGGAACAACAGGGUCUGUGAGAAAGCAUGCAGUGGGAUCUGGGAAUGUAUCCCCGACCUCAGGAAACUCGAUUUGUCUGGCCUUUCCCAAGCCUAUUUAUGGACAUAGCCCCUGCUGUAGUGAGCUAGGCUGUACAGCAAGACCGAGAUACAGAGUGGAGCCUGGAGAACAGAGAGUGGAUCCCAAUGUCUAUGAGGACUGGGUUCUUUAUAGCCACCGGGCGCUCUUGCAUGGAAGCAACCCUGCAUUCAUGCAGCAGAGAUCGACACAGCCUGAACGCAGUGCAGAUCGACUGCCUCUGAGGGACGAAUUCCUCAGCUUGAGCCCGAAUGAAAAAAGGACAUUGCCUCCUUUCACCGAGUCAAACUACGUCAGUUACCCCUGUACUCCCACGCGUCCUCUGGUAGCCCCCUCCAAUGAGCCAUGCCAACGUUUACAGAUUCCCUCCAAAGCCUUUCAAGGCCUGUACCCUUCCCACGCUCCCACAUACAAGCACAUGAGCACGUCAGUGCACCUUGCCUCCUCCUCUCAACUUUAUCAGCAACCUUCUCCCGUGUCCACAUAUGGUCAGCUCACACAGCAACAAAUGUUUUACUACCCUCAGGCAAAUGUGGAAGCAGAGAGUGGAGUAGCAUAUAAAGAUGUGGGUGGGAAGUACAGGGCAGAUGUUGAUCCUUCUGUACACAGAAACAGCCCUCCCAACCCCCUAGCGCAUUACGUCGUCUCCCAACCUAGGUUCGGUGACGUUCCUCUGGUCAGUCACAUGGCACCACCUAAUUCCCAUUCAUUUCUAAGGGGGUAUGAUCACAGCUCUACUCCUGUUUACAGAAUGAAUCUCACUGCAGAUCAAAUGAGAUCUACCAUUGAUAAGCUAUGUGCCCCACCUCAAGCCAUGCAAAUGGGCAGAUUCUGUGCUCCCCCACAUAGCCUACACAUGGACAUUCCCACUUCUCACUCACAUAACAUACAAGGGGACCAUCCCCGAGUACCACAACCAAACCUACACAUGAACAGGCCCUGUGCUCCCCCACACAGCCAGCAAGUGGAUCAGCCCAUUGCUACCUCUUAUAGAUUGCUCAUGGAUAAGGCGAAGGCUCCCCCACAAAGCCAACACAUGGACCGGUCCAGUGCUCCAGCCCCUAGCCCUCAGCCCGAACAAGCCCUGGAUUACUCCAAGUACAGAGGUACAUCACCUAGACAGGCUCAGGACCACCCAGAGGCUGGAAGAGCUACGCUUGCCAGACAAUCAUCUGAUGGCCGAGGGCAUCCUCAUCACACCUCAGCAAUAAACUACAACACUGAUCCUCAGAGAAUAACAGGCUCUCCAGCAGUCUGUAGUAAAGGGAACUCUGUCCCUCGAUCUAAUGCUGACUUCAAAAGCCUAAAGAGAUGUCCGUCAGACACACUUCUUAACAAUCAACCAACAUCCUUGGAUUACAGAGAAGUCGCGGUAGAAAUGGGCCCGUCUAAGAAACGGAUGAAGCUGGAAACGGAGCAAGAGAGAGCCAGCAGCUGUCAGUCACUGACGUCCCCUCCGAUGCCAGUCAUUAAUAAUGUGUUCAGUUUGGCUCCAUACAAAGCCUACCUGGAGGCUGCAGGGAUGCUCUCUUCCCUGCAGAGCUCUCCGAAGGUGGAGGAGCCCGAACACUGUGUGGUCAAAGCCGAGCCCUACGCCCAAGAGAACGACCAUCAGCAAGAAGGAGAAAAGCCUGUCGUCUCUUUCACCUCCACAGAGGUGAAGCCUGUAGUCCUCUCAGAUUCAUCAAAAGAGGAGCCAGUUGUGAAAAUGAUAGAACUGACAAAGAUAAAGAGGGAACCACUAGACUCUGACCAUAUAUUAGAGGAAGUCAAGCAUGAUGGCUCCAUGGACAUUCCAGUCAAGAAUGAGGAGUCAGAGAAGGAUUCAUCUGUCACUGGACUUAUGUUGGUGAUAAAGAAAUGUGACCCUGAUGAAUUGGAAAGUAAACCGUUCAAAUCAGCCAACAAUGUGUCCUCAUUGGAAUGCGUUGAUGACCCUCUGUUGGCACAGGAGAAAGUGAGGCCUUCCAUUCACAGCAGUCUCCAAUGGACUGAACAGGCAACCGCUCCCGAAUUAUCAGCCGGCAAACCUGACCUGCGGAAGAUUCCUCCCCAGUGUCUUAAGCUGUCUACCUACAAGAUUGUCCUUCCAAAGAGGUUACAGACUGCUCCUCCCACCCCAAAGUCUCCAGAGGAGCUCCAGCCUCCAGCCCGGACUUAUGUUGUGCAAGGCACUGGGGACCCGAGACCAGCCCGCCAGCACUUCAUGCAGUUGCACCAGGCCCUGUGCAGGCUGCUCUCUAAGUCUGUAACCCAAUCUUCAAAACCGGAGCUCCGGGCCUGGAUGUCCAAGGUGGAGCACACUGGGCCCUCCACCCAUUCCACCAGAGCCCAGAAUCUGUGCGGUCUGAUGGGGGCCGAGGCCCGAGAGUUGUGGCUUAGUAAUGUGGAGAUUAGGUGUUCACUCCAGAAGGUUCUUGAGCGGCUGAAGGAGUACAUCGCUCAGCACCACUGUCCAUUUCCACAUGUGAAGCGGACAGGAGCAGUGUUCAUUCCAAUGCUCGUGUUGAAGGAAAUCCUGUUCCCACAAGUUCAGGGCACCUUCAUCAACCAGGUCCUGCAGGAACACAAGGUGGAGCUGCGACCCACUACUCUCUCUGAGGAGAAGACCCUGACCCUGCUGCACAAGAGGGCUUGUCCCUCCAAGCUUAGGAGACUUCUAUCCCUCAAAAACCUGCCAGAAAUCUACCUUGAUGUUCUCAAUCUGUUGUAUCACUCCUGUGUCUGCAAGCACAUGGAAUCAACCUCACUUGAUGGUGUCCAAAAGACAGCCCAGGUGUAAAGCUGGAUGGCUCUGUCAGAAGAGGAGGAGAGGACGCCCCAGAGGCUGCCAUCUCAAGGGGUUGGUCUUGUUUACAAAUCACCGCCUCACGUCCCUCUAAUCCAGACUCACAGGAACACGGGGAGGAAAUGAGAAGAGGGUUGGCGUUUGAGAAGCGUAACCUAAAAAGCAGAAGGAGAAGCAACUCAAAGCACACAUUUUUGAAAAAGAGACGUUUGUCACGCAGGAAGGUUGAACCCACAGAGCAAGCUGCAAACGGUGUCAUAGAGACUACAUGUGAGAAGGCUUGGGAUGGUUGCCCGGUUGGCAGCAGUGGGGAUGAAGAGAGCGAGCACAGACAAGGGGAGAAGAACCCAUCAGUCAUGACCUUGCAGGAGGAGGAGCCUGAGGAUUCAUGGAAAUGCCCUUUGACCUCAGACAAACUCUUUUCAUCUCCCAGUGACAAUGAGACUGAGAGAACCAGCACAUUAUUCCAUGAUAACCAGUUUUCACGUUCAGACAGUCCUCAGGGCAAUCGCAAGAGUCACUCUGGGAUGAUCCUCAAACUACGUAAAGUGCUGUACAGUAAGGGCAGAGUGGCCUGCUAUCAGGCGGUCUCUGACCCACAGCCACACUACCGGCCUCCCCUCCCAGAGGCUGGAGACGUAGAACCAGGGGUAACUGGAGGCCGAGCCAGGGAGUGGGACCUUUCCUGGAAGGUGUCUCAUUCUAUUCCCCACAGAGGCCACAAAUCAGGGAGCCUCUCCUCUGCCCUGCGCUCCACCCGCAGCGCCUCCAAAAAGUUCCGUCUGCGCCGAUCUCUCAUGAAGAUUAAGUACUGUCCCUAUCUGUCAGCCUGCCACAGCGCAGAGCACAGGAGGCGCUGGGUCCUACGCUCCGCUGUGCAGAGGGCCAAGAGAGCCAUGAAGAUGUACUUCCCAGACCUGGUGGGGAAGAGGAUAUGUCAUCUGUAUGAGGAGUUGGACAAGACGGAGGUCUGGUACAGAGGGUUUGUGGUGCGUGUCCAUGAAGCACACCCUAACCCCCUGAAGACCGUGUUUGAAGUGCAGUAUGACAGUGAGCCUGAGUGGAAGUACUACCUGGAGCUGUUGAUAGACUUUGAGAAAGGAUGGCUUAAAAUAGAAGACUAAAGUCUUUUUGAAACGGUGUCUGUGUGUGUCUAUGGAUACUUUGGUACUUUUAAUUGUGUUUGUAAUGUGCACUGUUGGAUGAGUGAAAGCAGUUUUUAUUCAAGGCUAUAACAGUAAUUGGAACUGUGUUAAAUCACAUCAGUGUUGCGAGUUGCUGGCCUUAAUGUUUGUUAUUGAUUGCAAAUAUUAAUAGCCCUUAACAUCAGCGUGACCACAAAAUGCAGUCACACUGCAGAAGAUAAUUUUCCAGCAUUCCAAUCUGUGUGAAUGAGUUGUGGCUGCAGGGUGUGGUUUAAGGAACCAAUUGCUGGAAAGUACCCACUGGAUUAUAUUUUUCAAAUGGGAUUGAAGAUCAGGUCUUAAUAACAUAGUCAAUAGAGCAGUACUUGUAACUGCUCGUAUCGGGAAAUGUAGGAGGACUCGUCUGUGGUCACAUACAGCGAUGGUCAUAAAGGUUAUCUGUGGUAUGUCCGUGUUGGUCAUAUUUUAAUUGGUCAUAGGUGAAAGAUAUGAGGGGGAUUGACGGAGCAUGUUAGGUCAUUCCAUUUUUCUAUUUGAACUGUCCGGAGUAUUUUUAGCCGGUGAUGAAGUGCACUGUCAUGUUAUUGCAAAACAGGGCCUAGAUAGUUUUCUUCCAGGCUUGUCAUGUAUUCUUUUUAACUGACUACUUAUCACCUCCUCUGCCUGCUCCUGAACAUAAAGUACAUUUGUGUGUGUGUGUUUCAAGCCAGAUUGUAAUUACUUGUAUCCCUGAAUCAUGCUGCUGAAAAUAGUCUCUAUUUAAGAGGCACCUGUAUAAGGGUAUAUGUACUGUGAAUCUCAAUUCCUUCACCAUGGAUCCUCUAUGGAUGUUGAACACUACAAUAAUUAUCGUCUUUGUUUUUUUCAUUGUAGUGUUUUUCUAAUAAAUGUGUGUAAAGCUUUA